AUGAAUGCAAAUAUAACUUAAAAAGAAAUCUCCCCUGGAAUCAUACUCUUAAAGCAUAUUCAGCCAGGACCAGAAAUGAUAUACAUUUUUAAAGUUCAAUUGAAUAGGUUGAAUUGCAUGGAAUUCAUAGCUGAUUUUACAGGAAGUGAGAACAUUUUGGUUGAUGGUUAGAAUAAAAUGAAGACGAUCACAAUCAUCAACCCAUUUGAAACUAAACAAGUAGCUUAAUUGACUAUGAAAUAAGACUGGAAGUUGAAAACAAAAUUCAAAUUUAGUUUAAAAACAGCGGAUAAAUCAGUUCAAGCUGAAUAUUUGAAGGAAGAUCAACUGCAAUUGAAAUUGGAAAUCCAGGAUUAGAUGAAGUAACUAUAUCGUUACCCAUUUCAAUUAAAGGAAGUUCCUGAAAUACUUAGGCAUUUGAAAUCUCCCUUUGUUGACCCUGAAUUUUUGCCUGUGGAUUCAAGUAUAUUUGGAGAUGAAGAGGCCGAAUUGGACACCUUAAUCCAAUGGAGAAGACCAAGUGCCUUCUUUCAACUUAAAGAUGCCAAUAAAAGACCAGAGAUAUUUUUCGAUAAGAUAGAGCCCAAUGAUAUCAAAUAAGGGGCAUUGGGAAAUUGCUGGUUUCUGUCAGCACUGUCAUCACUUGCUGAAAGACCUGCCUUAGUGAAGAGACUCUUCGUAACUAUGAUAACAAAUUCACUCGGAGUCUACAGAAUCAAGAUUUGCAAGAAUGGAGAAUGGGUUUACAUCACUAUUGAUGAUCUAUUCCCUUGCUAUCCCUUGGGUGCUCCCAUAUUCUCAGCUGCACAUGGCAACGAAUUGUGGGUGCUGUUGUUAGAAAAGGCAUAUGCUAAAUUACAUGGAAGUUACUUUGCGCUCAGAGAAGGUCUGUCUGGAGAAGCCAUGGUGGAUUUGACUGGUUGUCCUACAGUAGUUUAUGGAUAUUCUGAGUUAUAAUAGAUGUGGCAGCAAUUGUUGUAAUAUGAUCAAGAGGGUUAUUUGAUCAAUGCAUUCACAGAGGGAAAUGACACUCAGAGUGAAGGAUAGAGAAAGGAAUCUUCAACAGAUAAUAUUGGUUUGAUUCCUGGUCAUGCUUACUCAAUAUUGCAGGUGAAGGAAGCAAAAGGAAACAAGUUGCUUAACAUUCGUAAUCCUUGGGGUAAUUUUGAAUGGAAGGGAGCUUGGAGUGACACAUCUCCUUUGUGGACUUAGGAGAUAUAGAAUAUAGUUAAUUUCGUUAAUGAUAGCAAUGAUGGGCAAUUUUGGAUGUGUUGGAAAGAUUUCUUAACUUAUUUCAAAGGUGUGAACAUUUGUAAGGUCAGAAAUUGGGAAGAAGUCAGAAUCAAGGGAAAGUUCAUUAAAGUGACUGACAUAAAUGAUAACAAUAUUGAUGUUGUACUAAGCAAAUGGUAUUAUUCCUUUGUCAUCCCAAAGUCAACCAAAGUCAUCAUGGGAAUCCAUCAAGAGGAUGAGAGAAUCAGAGGAGUCAAAUUGUUAAGACCUUAUUUAGAUAUCGGUUUGACUCUUUUCAAGUAAACAGAGAAGGGAUUAGAAUUACUUGCAUAAACCAUCACCAAAUAAGAUAGACAAGUACAAUUGGAAUGCGAUUUGAAUCCUGGUGUCUAUAUUGUAGUACCAAGAACAAGUGGAUUAUAUUUAUAUGGAGAAAACAAUAGUAUAAUCAAUCUGUUGAAUAAUGAUGGGUCUAUUCAUCCCUUGCUUUAUUCGACAUUGAGUGACAUCUUCAGAAAAUUUGAUAUGUUGUUGCUCAGAGAAUUGAGUUUCAUAGAGUUCAAAGGAAUUUAUGAUUGUUUGGAGAAACAACUAGAUCCAGAGUAUUUCAAGUAGAUGCUUACUAAAUACACUUCUACAGAAAAAGGAAUUACUUUCACCGGAUUUGUUGAGUUCUUCAUUGAUCAAAUUAAAUAACUAGGGGUUGAGACUAUCUACAGAUGGCUAGAGAAAUUAGGAUAUGAUAAGAAUCUCAAUUCUAUUAAAAGCAGAUGUUUUAUCUUUACUGCUCAUUCAUCUAUUGAAAUAUCUGUAACAGUCAGAGAUGCCAUUACUACUGAUUUGAAUAAUAGAGUGCAUGUCUUUGCUACCACAUUUCCAGAUCAAUAUCAUUAGAUUGAAAACAUCAAAACUGAAAGAGAAGGCAUCAGAGUCAUCCAAUGUUAUAAUCGUCAUUCUGAUACUUUUUGUAUCAUUGCUAUCAAUGAUCAAACUUACCCUAUUGAAUGCUUUCUUGAUCUCACUCUAUGUAAAGGCUUGAUUGUUUCUACUAAGACUUCGAAAGUUCUAAAACGAUUAGACUCAGGCUAAAUGGAAACCAUGAUCCAUUUUAAAUAGAACAGAAUUCAAAAAUUAAAAUUAGCCAUUCAAGUUAAGUGGCAACCUGUUUAAUGA